AUGGUGCGUGGCGCCACAUAAAUCUGGAUUAAUUUUUUGUGUUGCUUCAGACUAUGCCAUUCUGUGGAACCAAUUUGCUUGGGAUGUGACGCGGCAAGUGGAGGUCGUAAGCCGACCAUUCUUGGACACGGUGUUGCACAGCUAGCAACGUCACACACACGCUCGAUCGUGAGAGAAGGAUUUCUGCAUCGCACCCCAAAUGGACAAAACGUGAGAGGCUGGGAAGGAGGACGGGCUCGCGGCGGCGGGCAUUUUGCUCGAGUUGCAAGGGCUGAUGUUCGUUCACACGAAGGGACUCGCACAUCAGACGCAGGCAGCAUGGGGACCUCUCCAGUUCUCGCUCGGCAUUUGUGCAGUGCUGAGACCAAGACUGCCAGAUUGCGAAUGACCAUUUCAAUAUAAGGCCCCGUGCCACGAAUGCCUAGAGUGUACCGACGCGCCCAACGCUGACCCUUUACAGCAUCGCUAUACAGUUUCUUCGUCCUCGUUUGUCCGGCAAAGCCUUCCCACCAAUAUCAGAGGCAGCGUUGAAAAUGAAGUUUUUGCACCUUGGCAUCUGCGUUGUCCUGGCUGCAGCAGCGUUCGCUGCCCCUGCCUUGGCGUCUUCGCAAAAGAGUACUGGAGCGGUUCCUCGUGAGUGGCCCAUUUGCCCUUUGGAAAUUGCGUGGCGCGUCCACUGAAUCAAAAGAUGGACUGCCUGAUCGCAACAGAACAUGCUCUUGAGACGCGUCAAUCGGGAGUCGUUUCGGAUGUGCAGCCAUCGCGUAAGUCAGCUUUGCAACCACACUCGUCCUCUACUUCCGUCUUGAGCACCUUACUCGUAAUGCCCUAUCAAUUGUGACUGGCUGUGUUUCGUGCCUUCUUUGUGCUGUGCUGCGGGGAGAAUCAAUUUAGAAUACUACCGUGUCAUUCGGUGCUGACAUUUUGUUCAUUCCGUCACUCCCGUCCCUCCAAUUGUGAUAUCUCCAAAGUGCUUGCAACCCGCCUCCCUUACACGGCGGUCAAUUCCGGCCUUCUGAUGGCUCGUGCAGCUUUUGGUGA